CUCCUUCAGUGGUAAUUAUUUCAUAGUAUUUCAUGUUAUAUUUAAUAUAUUAAACGCGAUUAAACAUUUAAUAACACACACUAAAGAGAAAAGAGCGUAGUGUAUAAUUUGAGUAUUUUACUUCCGGCAGAGGUACUAAAAAUCCCCGGAUGUGUAUGCGCAUGCGCACUGCCUGCUGUUCUCGCAUGCCUGGUGUCCUCCUGAGUGUCACGUCCAUGUUUACUUGAUUGUGUUUAUGUGUUUGUGUUAUGCACGCGAGUGAGGUGAGGAGAUGCUGCAGUUUCCUGUUACGUUACUGCGAGCUGCAGCGCACACACACCUGAGCUCAGGUGUGUUAAAGUGUGUAUGCAGGCAUGUCUGGGCCAAAACUGGACUAUGGAAGACGAAGACCGUCCCUCAGAGAUACCUGGGGCAGCCGAGUCCCUACACACAUCCUCACCUCAUCAAACAUGGCGAGGUGACCCCCGGUGUGACUCAAAUGGAGUAUGAGACGCGUCGGCAGCGCCUGGCGUCCCUGGUCGAGUCCCGUGUCCCUGACUCGUCCCACAUCCUCGUCCUCCUGUCCCACCCGGUGCGCUACAUGACCAAUGACAUCCCGUACCCCUUCCACCAGAACCAGGACUUCCUGUACCUGACAGGCGUGCUGGAGCCUGACUGCGCCCUUGUCAUGUACGGCUCGCCCCGCCCCGACCGCGCCCUGCUCUUCGUCCCGCCCAGAGAUCCCGCCCGGGAGUUGUGGGAUGGCCCGAGGUCGGGGAGGGACGGAGCGGCUGCUCUCACCGGCGUCCAGAGCGUCCACAGCAUCGAGGAGCUCGGCUCUGUCCUCAAGGGGGUUAAAGGAUCUGUAGUGUGGUAUGACAGUUCUCAGCCGGUUCAUCCUCGUCUCCAUCAGACGCACUUGCACCCCCUGCUGGAGGGACAGGUGUCGGUCCGCCCCUUGCGACCGCUGGUCCACUCCAUGCGUGCGAUAAAGAGUGCCGCAGAGGUGGAGCUGAUGAAGCGGGCGGGAGAAAUCACCGCACAGGCUUUCAGAAAGACCAUGGCCAUGUGCCGAGGGGACAUUGACGAGGCGCUGAUCUACGCUAAGUUUGAUUUUGAGUGUCGAGCACACGGUGCUAACUUUUUAGCGUAUCCUCCGGUGGUCGCUGGCGGAAACCGAGCCAACACGCUGCACUACAUCAGCAACAACCAGAUCAUCAAGGAUGGAGAGAUGGUGUUGUUGGACGGAGGGUGUGAAUACUUUGGCUAUGUCAGUGAUGUCACACGCACAUGGCCUGUGAGUGGAAAUUUCAGUGAGGUUCAGCGGUGUGUGUAUGAGGCGGUGUUGGAGGUCCAGACGGCGUGUUUGUCCCUGUGUGUUCCCGGAGUCAGUCUGGAUCACAUUUACUCGUCCAUGCUCACACUACUCGCCAAACAGCUACUACAGAUCGGUGUGUUACCACACGACACUGACUACGCCCACGCACUCAAGGCUGCGCGGCGGUACUGUCCCCAUCAUGUAGGUCAUUACCUGGGUAUGGACGUCCACGACACUCCAGACCUGUCUCGCUCUCAGCCCCUGCAGGCCGGCAUGGCCGUGACAGUCGAGCCCGGUCUGUACAUCAGCGAGGACGACGAGGUGUGUCCGCAGCACUUCCGCGGUCUCGGCGUCCGCAUAGAGGACGACGUGGUGAUCCAAGAACAAGGCGGUCCCCUGAUCCUGUCCGCACACACUCCGAAAUCGGUGUGUGACGUAGAAAGGGCCUGUGCCCAGCCAGACGGGUGAAGGAACGCUCCACUCACCUUUUAUGUGUUUAGUGCCCUUUAUGGAGUACCCUUGUCUCAGGAAGCUAACACAAGGGGUGAGGAAGUGACGUUCAGGACACAGCAGGGCAGCGGAGACUCAGUGACCGUGUGCACAAACAAAGUGUGUGUGUGUGUGUGUGUGU